AUGUGUGGCACUUAUGUGUCCAGUUCAGGUGGUCUGCACUCCUUCACCUACGACCUGGCUUGGCGCCUCCUGUCUGACCCCUCCCGCCUAGCAUCCCCGGCCAUCUGCCAGCAGCUGGGCCAUGGCCUGAAGUCUUCCUUGGCGUAUGACUUCAACUGGGACAAGCGCGAGUCGUCUGGGAGGCCCAAGUCUGGACACGCUUUCAGGAUGCGGACGGAGGUUGGUGGGCUAUCUCCAGACGUCAGUGUGCCGAAAUAUGCCAAGGAGCAAGUGGACUUGCACUUGGCAGUGCCAAUGUUUUCGGCAGCCUCUCUCAGCCUGGAGCUCACAACUGGAUUGUUGCUCCCAGUAGGGCAGGGCUAUCUGAACAGAAAAACUGGAGUGGGUGACAGAUUCUUCUUGGGGGGCAUUGGCUCCCUGAGGGGUUUCGAAGCAAGGGGCGUGGGACCCACAGAUGCACGACGUCGACAAACGGCACAGCCUUCCCACGAUUCGGAUCACGUGGGAGCCCAGCCGCGAGACGCCCUGGGAGGGGACCUUCUGUGCUCUGUUUCAGCGGCGGUGAAUUUCGACUUGCCACACAGCAGCCUGCAAUGGCUUGGCAUAUAUGGCCACGCAUUCUUCAAUGCCGGCAACACAAUGCUCCUGUGUGGCUCUGGACGCCCUCUGAAGACCUCCCUGAAAGAUUUUGGGUCGUCGUUUCGAACCUCGGCGGGCGCAGGGCUCGUGUUUCCGACCGUUUUCGGGACUUUUGAACUCAAUUACGUGGUCCCAUUGACAUUCAGCAACUUCGAUAGGGUGAAGCAUGGCAUGCAGAUGGGCUUUGCAUCGACUCCUUUCCUUAACAUUUAA